AUUGAAACGUAUUAAAGAUUCGGUUUCAAUAUGUCUGCGUCCAUGGGAAAUGAUCGUUGAGACUGAGUUAAAUUAUUAAAGAAAAAAUAAGCAUGAAGCUGUCAUGUCUGUCGGGUAAUCCAAGCAAACCAUGCUUCAUCCUUCAUUUCAAAGGUGUCACUUUGAUGUUGGACUGCGCACUAGACGUUGCUCAGAUUCUGAAGUUCCUUCCAUUAUCUGUGGUACCAAAAUCAGACAGUUUUACCAAAAAAUGGAAUCACAAUGACAAAGAGAAAGACAAAGUAUUAGGAGAUGAACUGAGAGAUGUUGCAGGGUCUGUGUUUGUAGAUGGAUCACCAGAGUUAUGUGCCCCUGAGUUUGGUAUGACAACUUUGUCAGAAGUUGAUGCUAUUCUGCUGUCCAAUCACAACACCAUGCUAGCCUUGCCCUAUAUCACAGAAUAUUCGGGGUUCAAGGGAAUAAUCUACUGCACAGAACCCACUCUACAAAUAGGCAGACAGUAUAUGGAAGAACUGGUCACCUAUAUAGAGAGGAACCCCAGAAGUAAAAAAUGUUCAAAGUGGAAAUCUGAUGGAAUUCUUCCAUCUUUACCUGCAUUUCUUAGGGAUGCAAUUCGACCAACAGCAUGGAGGGAAUGCUACACUAGACAUGAUAUUCAGGCCUGUCUUUCCAGAGUACAGACUGUGGGUUACAAUGAGAAAAGAAAUAUCUUUGGAGCUUUGAUUAUAACAGCCUGUAGUUCUGGAUACAGCAUUGGGAGUUGUAACUGGAUAAUCAAGUCCCCAUAUCAAAAGAUCUGUUACAUUUCUGGAACAUCGACUUUGACCACUCACCCUAAGCCAAUGGACACUGAACCUUUGCGACAGAGUGACUUAAUUAUCCUCAGUUCUAUGACAAAAACUCCAGGCUAUAAUCCAGAUCAAAUGAUCGGUGAAUUCUGUGUAAACACAGUGGUGACCAUAAAGAAUGGUGGUAAUGUCCUUGUGCCGUGUUAUCCAUCUGGAAUGACCUUUGACCUUUUUGAAUGUUUAAGUGGCCAUCUUGACAGUUGUGGACUAACCACAAUUCCUUUGUAUUUCCUGUCUGCUGUGUCUGACAGCUCAUUAGCAUACUCCAAUAUCUAUGCUGAAUGGUUGUCAGGAUCCAAACAAUCCCGUGUUUAUUUACCAGAGCCUCCAUUUCCUCAUGCAGAGCUUGUGUCUAUUGGAAGGCUAAGACAUUACACAAAUAUACACGAUGGCCUGCAGAAUGAUUUCAAAUCUCCAUGUAUUGUUUUUGCUGGUCAUCCCUCACUAAGGAUGGGCGAUGUUGUACACUUUAUAGAAAUGUGGGGGAAAUCUUCCAGCAACACAAUUCUCUUCACAGAGCCUGAUUUCCCUUAUCUAGAAGCUUUGGCACCUUUCCAACCACUGCAGAUGAAGGUUUGCUAUUGUCCCAUUGACACUAGCCUGAAUUUUUCACAAGCCAACAAAUUGAUGAGAGAUCUGAAGCCCGGGCACCUUGUUGUGGCUGAGUCCUAUGUUCAACCUCCUGCCAACCUAACCCACAAAACAGAUCUUGUCGUAGAUUACGAUCCACCGCCAUUAACUUACAAAAGAGGAGAGAUUCUAACACUGCCUAUAAAGAGACCAUUUGAAACUGUAGAAAUCACCCCAGAACUGGCCAAGAAGAUCAGCCCUGUAGAAGUGAAAGCAGGCUGUAUGGUAUCCAUGGUUACAGCUGCCUUGAACAUCAAGGACAACAAGUACACACUGGAGUUGCUGCCAGAUGGGCAUUUGUCUGGAAAGAAGAGGCGAGCAGAUGGCAGCUUGAUUCGUCAAAAGUCUUAUAUCUGGGGCAGUCUUAAUGUGCAGUCCUUUGUUGAUGCCCUUACAAGGCAAGGGAUAACUGAUGUUAAAGUAGAAGACACAGAAGAUGGAUCAAUCAUUGAUUUGGUAAGUCUAGAAAUGGAGAAGCUGCAAGCACAUGUUGCAAUAGACUACAUUGAGUCUGAGAAGAAAACAGAAUCUGAGCUUCAUGAUGAAAAACAGCAACAGGACAAGGACCUGGAAAAGGAACCAAAUUACAGAAGAACCAGUCAAGAACAGCUGGCUAAGGUCACUGUCGAUCUGCCAGACUUGCAGCAUGAGGAAGUGAAGACUAGUGUAACUCACCUCCUGAUUGUAGCUGACAUCAGUGGGUCCAUGUCAGGAAACCCACUCAAACAGGUGAAGUCUGCGCUUACAGAUAUGCUGGGAAGUGCAUUGGAACAGCCCAACAUCAUCACAGAUUUAAUUUUAUUCCACAACAUAGCUUUUACUGUGGAAUUCAACCAAACAAAUUAUCUUAACAAAGUUGAGGAGAUCCGUGCCACAGGAGGAACUGAUUUUACAAAGGCUUUUAGUCACCUGGGAUCAGAAAUGAGAAGAGUUGAGCAAACGACUGAUAAAGAGAUAGAGAAAUGUGUGGUAGUGUUCCUUACUGAUGGGAUGGACGCUCAGCUGUAUGGAACCAAACAGGUGCGCAAUGAGUGGUUCGAAUGUCUGAUGGGAGGACUGAAAAAUGUGAACACUUCAUUCACAAUUCAUACUGUUGGAUUUUCCAAAGAUCACCAUUAUAAUUUCCUGAAGAAGUUAACAGAGCAGGGAUCAGGAGAAGGAAUGUUUCGGUACUGUGAGCCAAACGAUGGCUCUACAGUUCUUAAGGAAAAACUCCAGGAACUCUUUGAUUUUGUUCUCAGCAAUUCCACUGCACCGAUGAAAGUUAUGAUCUCCAUUCCUGGAACCAAUCAAAUUUUGGAGGGAGUAACAAUGAAAAACACAGCCACAUUUCUUGGGGAGAUAACCAAAGAUGAAAAUUCAGGAAAGGCUGAAUUGAGAGUAGAACUGUGGAUUUUUGUCAGUGAUCCCGAUUCCACAGAGAUAUCGGUGGAUAUAGAAAUGACCAUUUUGAAGGACGGGCAGCCAGAGAAAGUAUUGGUGCCGUGUGAAGUUACUACAACAAAAAAGCAGAUUGUAAAUGCUGAGGAGAAGAUUAUGUGGAAUGUGAAGGUGCUGCAGAGAAACAGCGAUGUUCUGUCAGCAGCCAUAGGGAAAGCCAUCAAUGAUGGAAAUGUGAAAGACAACCUAACAGGCAGAGUGGAUAAGCUUCAGGAAAGGGUGUCUCGCGUGCCACUGUUCAGAGGAGACUUGAUUAACAAAGAGUUGAGAGAUGUUCUCAAAGUAGUUCUGGAUGAUAUAAAAACCAAGAUCAAUCACAUGAGAUCAGUACUAGCAGAAUAUGCUCGUGGAAAUACUCAGUCUGUGCAGAUGUUGGCUCGAGCUCAUGACAUGAGAUAUCAGGCUAAGUUUUCAAGAUCCCGGAGACAGAGGAUCGUGGAUAAGCGAGUAGCGAAGAACAUGCCUCAUCUACAGUCAGCUCAAGCUCAGCUUGACCAGCUGGUGUUGAAUCGUGAGGAAAUUGAACAAAUGUCUAGAUCAUCACUGGAGUUUUUUGUAUGUGCUCUGUCUUUGAACAGUGUAAAAGAUAUUUUGUUGGACUGUGAUAAAGAUGAUGCGAUAGGAUUUGGUUUGGCUGUUCGCAGACAAGAACAUGUACUGGAUGCUCCAACACUGGUGGACCUUCAUUCUAUAAGUGGGACACUUGUAAGUAGGAGUGCCAUGUUGGAUGCUCUGGAAUAUAAGAUAAACUGUGAAGGACAGCUCAGAGCUCAUGGUGGAUUUGAUUUCAGUCAGCCACUUGGUGUUACUACUGUGGGCCAGUCAAGAGAACCAAUCAAUGCAUGGCUCCCUCUAUAUUGCACCAGACAACACUGGGAAAGGGUCAAGGUUUUGCUGAAGCCUUCCCUGGGUUAUUUCUGUGCCUUAGAUCCACUAGGUUACGACUUCCAGCAGAUGGAUGUGAUGUUCAUGGUCUUGGGGUCGAUGGUGGGAGGUCUCACUGACACCACAACUAAUGAUCAGCAGUUGAAGAUGAUCUUCUGCUUUCUCCGAACCUGUCAAGCAUGUGUUGUUGAGUUUUCAUUGGAAAACAAACUUACCGAGGCUGUUGGUAAAUUCAUUACCUCACCAGAAGAUAGAUUCAAACAUAAACUCCCAAACUUGUACACCAUGAUUGGAUAUGUUCUGUCCCUGCCAGCCAACACAAUUAAAUCUGUCCUAGAUGGUAAAGAAGAUCUGAAGAAAUUCUGGCUUGCUAUGGUAACAGAAUGUAUGAGGAGAGGUGGAUCCAGACUUCUCAGAGAAAUCAGCUCCAAUGUUAGCCAUGGCUUGAUUGAUUUGAUUUUACAUGCGAAGAAAGAGAAGGAUGUGGUUGAGGAGAAAUCUGGAUAUUCAGAACUAGUGAAAUGUCUGUACCAUGAAAUCAACAGUAACAGUAAAGAUUUACCCCUGACAAAAGUAUUUGAUCCCCGUGAAGGUCUGACAAUCGAUGACAGCAUGACAAAGAAAUAUGAUGAAAAAUUAGAUCAAUCCAUGGAAGUUUGGGCACAAGCAGAGCUGAAUAUAAUCAAAAACAAAAAUCAAAUGAAGAAAGUGAAUGCUGCGAAGAAAGCUGUGAACCAGUGGCAGCAGGAAGGACGUGCUUCUGUGGUGGUGGAUCAAAUGUCUGGGACAGAAAAUGAGGUGGAUGAUCCAUGUAAACUGACACAAUCAAAGCUACAACAUCUGACAAAGAUUAUACAAACUUUCUCCAAUCAAACCAAACCAGCACUACCACAUUUUUUGGGCUGCAUUGCCUUUGUUGAGAUUUGGCUGUCCCAGUCCAUGGACACAGAAGAAAUGGAUCAGAACGAUGGACUUCCACCUAAAGAGUGGAUCGAGGCAGCUAAGGCGGCAGUGAAAAAAGCCUACACGUCUGCUAAUGAGCAGGUAAACUGUUCCACUCAGAAUAAGGAUGAGGAUACUCUAGUUGUCAAAGGAACUUGGAAUAAGGAUCCAGCACCAAUCCAAGAGGAACAACAGGCUGGUAGUGAUAGCCCAUGUUUAGCCAAAGGUCAAGGUCAGAAUGAUAUUGAUGCUGACUAUGAAAGUGAUGGAAGUGAUGAUGAUUAUGAUGACUCAGAUGAUUUUGAUGUGUCAUCAAAACCAAGAGUGGUGGAAAGAGUUGUGAAUAAGCAUAUAUUGUUCCCUGUGAUGUUGACCUUGAUUGACCCUGACCUAGAUGUGGUUAAUUUUACACGGCUACUGAUGUGCCAGGUCAUCACAUGUCACAGCAACAGCAAAGUAAGAUCAGCCGUGGAGAACAACCAGUAUAUCGACUUUGCCAACACAGCAGUUGACUACCAAGAGGAGCUUAAAAAAUUGGAUGCAUCUUUAAUAAAAAUGAGAGAGGAUGCCAUAAAGGAUGUAAUGGAGUCGAUACAGAACUUACGAGCAAACUACUGCAUGCUGCACACACCAUCUAUGUGGGCUUUUAUAGGUUAUUUGAUGUGUACUUACAAAGAAAGAAAUCAAGGAUUUAGUGAUUUGAUUUCUACCAUUCUGGAUGAAAAUUCUCAGGAUAAUUUCCCACUGCUGGCAGACAAAGUUAGAGUUAUGUUCCUUGGAAAGUACAAUGAGCACAUGAUACUGGCGAGGGGAAAUGUUUGGCUUCCUGAGGUUAAAAUGGCCAAAAAGUUUGCUGAAGUUCUUGGAGAGGAGGUUUGGAGGGAUAUAGAGACAGAUAUUCGCUCCAAGGUACAGCUUCAUGUGUACCGUGAAUCAGAUAUUCCCAACAGACAUGCCCAUUGUAAUUCUAAUCCUUAUAUUCCUAAUGUUCUGAGACGAAAACUAGGAAUGCCACUGCUUAAAGACUAAAGAUUUAGCUGUUGUAAAUGGAAUACGGUACUUUUGCAUUCUGUUAAAAUUCUUCCAUCCUAAACAUCAAAGGUCAUUAGUGUAAAAGACUGAUGUGUGAUAAUGACUUUUCUACUCCCUAAAUUACAUUUUGAGAUAGAACUACAUGUAUAUGAUUUCUGUAUAAAACUUAGGAAUACCACCUUUCAAAACUGUUACAGUAAAGACUGGUGAAUUUUUUAUGUUACCUUGUAGUAAAGAUGUUAUGAAAAUAUUUCAUUUUUUUUCACUAUUUUCAGCUACAUGCAUGAUCUUGUAUUUUUUUUUUUCGGUUUGGAAAUGUAGAGCACAGCCAUUAUCAGACACUGUUUUCUGAAGUCACUGACACAUUCAUAUGCAGACGAUAUGUUCUCACUAUAUAUAUUUUAACAAACAUCAAUGUACACUGUACAUGUAUUAUUUUUUUUAAAGAUUAUCAAAGAUGUAAACCAAUUUAAAUUUCCAAUGUUUCAUAGGGGCAGAUAUUAUUGAUAUACAUGUACCAAAUAUAGUCCUUUCCAAUUGGUUUUUCUUAAAUUCAUUGUUGCUCUCACUUUUCCAUUGAAGACGGCUGAAAUCAUCCUAAAUGCACUAGAAAUGAUUUAAAAAUGGUUAUCAGGAUUGUUGAAGAAUCAAUCCCCAGUCUUGAGAUUUUGUUGGAAAGUGAAAUCAAACCUGAUAGGGGCCAUGUUUAUUCUUUUCCAACAGAAUCCCUCAGCCUUCAGGUGUAUUCUCUUGCAAUUUUGAUAAUGAGGUAGUUAUUUUAGUUGUUGCUGGAGAAUAGCCUUGAUCGUGGUGAUAAAGAAUAUUUCUCUUCUGUCAGAGUAGUUUAAGUAACACCUGUACAGCUGGAGGUACAGUAGCAGUUUGAUAUUUUUAUGUUCAAGAUAACCAUGAUGAACCAUGCAAUAGAAAUUAUGGGGAUUAUUUGAAAGGAUAACUACUUUGUACCAUACUGUAAAUGCUUUAUCAAAUUGAAGAUGAAAAUGCACCAUGUGAUGAAAUUGUUUAUUUAUAGUUGCUGUGAGAAUGUUUGGAUGUUUGUUUAAUCUCUUUAUACAUGCAGUAUGUAUACCUUUAUACACAUCUCUUAUUGUAUAUUUAUUUAUAUAUCAGUCUAUGUGAAAGACAUCGGACCGUCGGACCUGACCGAUGUGCAGUACCUCAGGUCUGAUGCAUCAUUUUUAACACCAGACCGGAAUGUCCGAUGUCUCAGAGUUCGGUUUUGAGCUUUACUAUUUUGAUGCAGAGUCAUUUAAAUGUUUGUUAUAAGUAAAAAAUAGCACACAAAUCCAAAUACGUAAAUGAAUGUGCUUAAAACCACAUGGACUGUCUAAAGUAUUAUACGGGAGGGAUCCCUAGUAUAGUAGUAUUACUAGUAUAAUAAAUAAGAUUCCCUUGGUUUUGCAUUUUCACAUGUUUCAUUACAUUAGGUUUUUCGGUCUGACAAAAUUUGGUUCGGUCCAGUGUGUUCAUUGAUUACACAGGACCGAAUGUCCUGUGUGGUCCAAAAAACUUUCGCAUAGACUGAUAUAUUGUUUUUAAUAUACAAUACACUCAAAGGGUACAUUAUGGUGCAGUCAGAGUCUGUGAUUUCAAAUUUUUAAUAUAUAUUAAAAAAAAAAAUUAAAAACUGUUAUUAUUUAUUAUUUUUACUGCAGUUUUGCCUUAUGACUGAUAUUUUUACUGUAGAGAUUAGUUUUGCCAUAUGACUGAUAUUUUUACUGUAGAGAUUAGUUUUACCUUAUGACUGAUAUUUUUAUUGUAGAGAUUAGUUUUGCCUUAUGACUGAUAUUUUUGCUGUAGAGAUUAGUUUUACUACAGGUUUACCUUGUGACUGAUAUUUUUGCUGUAGAGAUUAGUUUUACCUUAUGACUGAUAUUUUUGCUGUAAAGAUUAGUUUUACCUUAUGACUGAUAUUUUUGCUGUAAAGAUUAGUUUUACCUUAUGACUGAUAUUUUUGCUGUAGAGAUUAGUUUUACCUUAUGACUGAUAUUUUUGCUGUAGAGAUUAGGUUUACCUUAUGACUGAUAUUUUUGCUGUAAAGAUUAGUUUUACCUUAUGACUGAUAUUUUUACUGUAGAGAUUAGGUUUACCUUAUGACUGAUAUUUUUGCUGUAGAGAUUAGUUUUACCUUAUGACUGAUGUUUUUGCUGUAGAGAUUAGUUUUACCUUAUGACUGAUAUUUUUGCUGUAGAGAUUAGUUUUACCUUAUGACUGAUAUUUUUGCUGUAGAGAUUAGUUUUACCUUAUGACUGAUAUUUUUGCUGUAGAGAUUAGUUUUAAAGGUAAUUGUAGAACUGUUAUGUAUUUAAACACAAAGCAAUUGAACAAGCUACUCUUUCAUGUGCUUUUUUAAAUAGACAAGUUUUUUUCUUUUUAUAUUUGCCAUUCAUAGACAGGUCGUACUAUGGUGUGGCAGUGUGUCUGUGCAUCUGUCUGUCAUACUAUGGUGUGUCUGUGCAUCUGUCUGUCAGCACCUUUGUGGGUCAGAUAUAAGGCUAGGAUAAUGAAAAUUGGUCCACAUGUUCCCAAUUAUUAAAGGAAGAACAGUAUUGAUUUCAACGUCAAAGUUUAAGGUUAGACUUACUGCCUAACAGGGGUAAUUUUUAUAGACACAAAACAAGAUGGAAACAGUCUUAAUAAGGCUAGGAUAAUCAAACUUGAUAUUCAUAUUCAACCACUAUAGACAGGAUGUAUAAAGAUAUGGUGCAGUGUUUCCGUGUUUGUUUAUCCAUCAACACCUUAUAGGAACAUUAGAAAAAGUACUAAUAAGGCUAGAUAAUCAAACCAGGUACACAGGACGUUCCCCACGCCUGUUAUUUCUCAAGGUCAAAGGUAAUAUUUCCUUUGGUAAUCAUGAAGGAAAAAACAAUACUAAUAAGCUAAGAUCAUCCAAUCUGUUAUGGUUUAGGUGCCAAGUGUAUUUUGAAAACAACUAGUAUUGUUUGUUAAGUUAUUUAUCAAAGUGAAAUAUUUCUUCAAUUUGAUGUUUAACUUGAAACUAACAUUUUAUUAAUACUCUUCAAUAUUAGCAAAGGUGCGGAAUGAACACUCUCCUAACCAUUUUGUGGCCAAAGAAUGAUUUAUUUGAAUGUUAAUCUUUUCUACAUGUAGUUGCAUUUCUGAAUAUAUUGGACUGGCAUAUUUUACAGCAUUAGGAUUGUUUUUGUUUAAUAAAAAAUCUUGUUCCUAUUUCAUUA